AUGACCAAACCACACCAUACGAGGACCGACCAGGAGCUCACAGAACUUGAUGCGCCUCGCCCAGCACACGAGGAGGCAGCCUUUAAUCAAUUCGAAGGUCGAGACGCCAACAACUCCGACAACGAUGUCUCAGAGACCUUCGACAGCUCGUCACUUGAUGACCAGCAACGGCGAGCAGAGCAGGCGUCUUCUGACGAGGCCGCGGGGGCACAGAAACCAGAACAGCAAGAGAAUGAGACAUUCAAUCCGAGAUUGACAAAUUUAUACACGAUAUCAUGGCUGAUAUUCUUCUCGUUCUGGGGGACACUGGCACGUCUAGGAGUCGAGGCGAUCACACUAUACCCCAAUUCACCGUUCACCUCACGAGUCUUGUGGGCCAAUUUGGGCGGUUCCUUCUUCAUCGGGUUCCUGACGGAGGACCGCAAGCUAUUCCAGCAGGAAUGGGGUUCGUCAGGACCAACAAAAGACCAUGCUGCACACGUCAAAGUCAAGAAGACCAUACCACUGUACAUUGGACUUGCGACGGGAUUCUGCGGCUGCUUCACGUCGUUCUCUUCCUUCAUGAAGGAUUCCUUCCUCGCCAUGGCGAAUGGUCUCGACUCUGCGAGCCCAACGACACCGUAUGAAAGUGCCGGCGCCAUAGCAUCCCGCAACGGCGGCUACUCAUUUCUGGCCUUGCUCGCAAUCCUCAUCGUUGAGCCAUCAGUGUCAAUCAGUGCACUGAAAGCAGGAGCUCAUUUCGCGCUGUUGCUGGAACCCGUCACGCCAACAUUGCCAUUCAGGUUCUUCCGAAAGGCUAUUGAUCCAUUGGCCGUCGUCCUUGCGUUUGGCUGCUGGUUUGCAGCUGUCCUGAUGUCUAUUUGGCCAGCUGGCGACAAGACGCAUUGGCGAUUUCGUGCUACAUUCCCAUUGAUCUUCUCACCACUGGGGUGCUUGUCACGAUAUUACCUGUCCAAAUAUCUGAACGCACGCAUCCCCUCGUUCCCACUGGGCACGUUCGUAGCCAACAUAGCUGGCACAAUCGUGCUGGGAAUGGCAUGGGAUUUGCAGCACGCAACAGGAAUAGGAGCGUCACCGGGAGCAAGCAUCAACGGGUGUGCGAUACUCGAGGGCAUCAUAGAGGGAUUCUGUGGGUGCUUGACGACGGUCAGUACAUGGGUGUUAGAAUUAGACGCCCUCCGGCGAAGACACGCGUGGCUCUAUGGGCUGUGCAGUGCGUCAGUCGGGCUGGCAUUCUUGAUCGUUAUUAUGGGCUCCAUGGCUUGGACGGUUGGGUUUGCGAGCCCAGCGUGUAGCUGA